CCCGUCAUCCCUCUGCGGCAGCUGCGACCCAACCUCCUCCCUUCCACACGCCCGCACCCUCCCCUCCACGCGCGCUGCAACGCGCGCCUGAUGCACAGCUGUCGCGCUAGCUGCGCGCUCUCAUGAAAUAGCAAGCGAAGCCCAAGUUCCGGCGCUCGACGACAGCGCAGCCCCUCGGACGGCGCCUGCCGCUUGCUUUCACGACCUCUGCAAGCCGCUGAAUUCGCUUCACCUCACCAGACAGCCGCCCCGACCGUGCGCCCGGCCCCUCAGGCUACUGCUGUGCCCCAUCGUAUCUACUGUACCAUUGUCCGGGCCGCGCCUUCGCUGCUGCUCGCCAUGGACUGGCUCACCACGCAGGCGCCAAGCUCACCAUUGAGCAGCGUGCCUUCGUCCGCACCUUCCCCUGCCGCCUCCGACUCGAGCCUCUCUGAUCUUUCCGACUCCGAGCUCUCAGAGAUGUCGCGCGCGCUCGCUGGCCGCCGCUCGCGGUACCCCUCCCCAUCUUCCUCCAACCGGUCCUCCGCCAAGGCGUCGCCCGCUCCCGAGACCAUGCCGUCACCUCCCUCCAGCAACGACGACGACGACCGGCCCCACAAGAAGCGGAAGCUAGAGGAUCCGAAGGAGCGCAGCACUGAGCGUCUCGACCUCCGCCGUGAUUUGACAGACAAGGACAAGCCGCAGCUUGACCGCCUCUUGAAAACGCUGCACAAGAAGCGCAAAAUCGUCGUGAUUGCAGGUGCUGGCAUCUCAGUCUCGGCUGGCAUCCCCGACUUCCGAUCUUCCACCGGCCUGUUCAAGUCGCUGCGCGACGAGCGCAAGCGUAUCUCUUCGGGCAAGGAGCUCUUUGAUGCGUCCGUCUACCAGAAUGAUUCUUCCACCUCAAAUUUUCACGAGAUGGUGCGCACAUUGUCGCAGCAGACAAAAAACGCCGCGCCGACGGCUUUCCACCAUCUUCUUGCAACCCUCGCCCACGAGGGCAGGCUACUUCGCCUAUAUACCCAAAAUGUCGACGGCAUCGAUACCUCUCUUCCCCCUCUGAAGACACAAAUCCCUCUCCCUAAGAAGAACCCAUGGCCCAAGACUGUACAGCUGCACGGUAGCCUGGAGUACAUGGUCUGCUCCAAAUGCCACACGGUUUCCGAGUUCGACCCGGAACUCUUCGAUGGACCGGCUCCACCUGCCUGUCCCAGCUGCCAAUCCGACGAUCUAGCAAGGCAAGCUGUUGACAAGAGAAGCCACGGUGUCGGGCGCCUCCGACCGCGCAUGGUGUUGUACAAUGAGCACAACCCGGACGACGAAGCCAUCGGUGCCUGCUCUAAAGCUGAUCUGCGGACGAGGCCUGACGCUGUCAUCGUGGUGGGCACGACUUUGAAGGUUCCUGGGGUGCGACGAAUUGUACGAGAGAUGUGUGCGACCGUGCGCGACCGGAAAGACGGCAUGACUAUUUGGAUCAACAACGAGCCUGAACCUAAAUGCAAAGAGCUGGAGAACAUUUGGGAUCUGGUGGUCCAGGGCCCCUGCGACGAGGUCGCGCGACAUGCCGCCAUGCAAAAGUGGGACGAUCCCGUUCACAAGCAGGUUACCGAGGACGAGCUACCGAAGCAUAAACCUUGCGUGGUCAUAAGAACGCCCAAGAAGGUCCUCAAGGUCCAAGGAAUGCCUACGCCCGCUCAGAGCCCGCGCAUUGGCCCACAGUCGCAGGCUUUGCCGGGAGAGCCAGAGACGCCUUCCAAGACUGCAAGAGGAACGAAGAGGGCUACUCAGGUCGUUGCAAAGGUCAACGCAUUCGACCAAAUGACCGGAAAGCCCGAAGCCAAACCCGCAACCAAACGAGCAAAGGCUCAGCCGAAGAAGUCGGCAGGCGCGAAGAGCAAGGCUACGAAGGUGAAGCAGGAGACCAACGUGGCAAUCACGCAGACCUUCAAACAGAAGAAGAGUACCGCAAAGGUCGUCCCUCCGAAGCUCAAGGGCCAGCUGGCUGCAGUGCCCAGAGAUGAGAACGCAGACUCGAUCCAAUUCCCGAAAAGAUCGCCCUUGACCCCACGAAAGUGUGGAGCCAAAGUCACUGCGUUCAAGCUCGUAUCGGAUUUUGAUUUUCGCUAUAACAACUUCCCAGAGGAUCAGCGUCCUCCAAUGGAACCGUUCAGCAGCCCAGUCAAGCCACGGACGCCAAGUGAACAGAUAAGACAAGAGAAUGACUUCUUCCAUGCGGCACAAGCGACAAGCGAGUCGCGUCCUUCGACUGCGGACUCGACCUCUUCGCGAAUGAGUAUUGGGAAUCUACUCAAUCCACAACCUAUCUCAUCAUAGACCUUUGCAUUUCCAGGCGUUAUUGAUCGUGGAUGAUUCAUCUCUUUUGCAUUGGGAAGGAUGACUACAAGUGUCGAAUGGGUUAUCGUCAGUCAGUGGCAUACAUGGCGUUAUGAACGCAGAAGGAUUCUGCUCCUGUAGUAUAGGAAUGGUGGGUUUAUCACGUUGUUCCUUCAUCUUUCAGUUGCACGAUACCCGGUAUAUAUAUCGGUCAGUUUUGAGACAGAGGAGGGCUUUGGCUAGGAGAGUAAGCUGUGGGUCGCAGCGCAUUUUGUGGCUACUGUUUGAAUCAAUGCGACCAGUCC